AUGUCACAUAGCAAGCGCAAUACGUCGAGAGCCGUCUUCACAGCCCACGAGCGCGAUCUCGCCCGCCGCGCCUGGCCCUCGACCUCGGCGCGCCUCUCGCGCGAGAGCUUCCUCGACUUCUCUGCCUGCCGCCUGUGUCUCGAGGUGGCACGCGACCCCGUUUCAUGCACCCACGGCGACAUCUUCUGCCGCGAGUGCGCCCUCAGCAACAUCCUGGCCCAGAAGAAGGAGAUCAAGCGCCUGGAGAAGGUCCGCGAGCAGGAGGCCCGCGAUGCCGACGAGAUCCAGGCCCAGCAGGACGGCGAGGCCCGCGAUAGGGCCAUCCGCGAGUUCGAGAUGACCCAGAGCGGCCUGGACCCCAGCAAACCCGGUCCCCGCAACCCGACCACCACCGAACAAGGCGCCGCGACGCCCGACAGGGAGAGGCGCAGUGGAAAGCGGAAAUUCGAGCUCGACGAGGACGAGGUUCUGCGCAUAGCGGCCGACGACCGCGCCAAGGCACGCAAGGCCAUCGACGACGAGAAGGCCGCGAAGCCGACGCUGCCCUCGUUCUGGACGCCGUCCAUCACGCCGUCCUCGAACACGAACACGGCUCUGCACGAAGUAGCCAAGAAGGCCAAGAGCACGCCCAUAUGUCCGGCCUCGCAGAACGACAAACCACACACGUACUCGUUACACACGCUGGUGACGGUCCAGUUCACCGAGGAAGAGGAGGAGGAAGAGGGCGGCAAGACCAGCACCAGCAGCAGCAGAAGGAAACGGGUGCGCGUCUGUCCGUCGUGCAAGAAGGGGCUCAGUAACGCGUCCAAGGCCAUGAUGGCGAAGCCCUGCGGACACGUCAUGUGUCGGAGUUGCGUGGACAAGUUCAUGCGGCCCGCCAAGCACCAGGAUCCCCACGCCCUGGCCGCCAACCCCGACGAGCUGCGAUGUUAUGUCUGCGAGACCGACCUCACCGAGAGGAAGGGCGAGAAGGGUAAGGAGAAGGACAAGGACAAGGACAAGGACAAGAUCCGGCCCGGGCUGGUGGAACUCCGGAGCGAGGGCACGGGGUUCUCAGGCGGAGGCACCAAUGAGGUGAAGAAGUUGGGCAUCGCUUUUCAGUGCUAG